AUGAAACUCCCGGCUUUCCUGAGACUGCUGGGUCUGGUGCUGCUGGGGGCAGGGACAGCUUCUCUCCCCAAGGAGAGGAAGCGGAGAGAUCAGACGCUCGGGGAAGGCGAUUCUUACGCAGUCCUGGGCAACUAUGACCUGGGCCCAGACAACUACGAUGAGGUCAUUGACCUGAGCGACUAUGAGGGGCUCAUGGACUAUGGGGACCAGCUCCCCGAGGUCAUAGUGACCAGCCUGGUUCCUCCAACCAGGAUUGGUUCCACACAGAGCACAGUGACCCCGAGGACACGCUCUUCAAAGCCCGCGAUGAGCCGGCCUACGAUGCUGGGCGUCCUGGACUCGCCAAGCAGCCACGGCCUGCCCACAUGUCUGGUCUGCGUGUGCCUUGGUUCCUCCGUGUACUGUGACGAUACUGACCUGGAGAACAUCCCUCCUCUUCCCAAGACAACUGCUUACCUGUACGCCCGCUUCAACCGCAUCCGCCAGAUCCGCGCCAGAGACUUCCAAGGGCUGACAAAACUGAAGAGGAUUGACCUUUCCAGCAAUUCCAUCUUCUCCAUUGAUGAUGAUGCUCUCCGGCUGUUGCCUGCCCUGCAGGAUCUGAUCCUCCCAGAGAACCAACUGGCAGCUCUGCCCAUGCUGCCCGCCAGCAUUGAGGUCCUGGACGUCCGCCUGAACCGGCUCCAGAGCUCGGGGAUACAGCCCGAAGCAUUCAGGGCGCUAGAGAAGCUGCAGUUCCUCUAUCUGGCUGACAACCUUCUGGACUCCAUCCCCGGGCCUCUGCCCCCGAGCCUGCGCUCGCUGCACUUGCAGAAUAACAUGAUAGAGACCAUGCAGAGCGAUGCCUUCUGUGACUCCGAGGAGCACAAACACAGCCGGAGGCAGCUGGAAGACAUCCGCCUGGACGGCAAUCCCAUCAACCUGGGCCUCUUCCCCAGCGCCUACUUCUGCCUGCCGCGCCUCCCCACCGGCCGCUGCUGCUAG